AUAAUAAAAUACCUUUAGAACAGUUGACAUUUUGUAUUUAUGUGUUGUCUGCGAAACGAGAGAUGGCUGGAUGAAUGAGAUUUGAAUAGGUUAAUAUUUAAGUCAAGAAAACCAAUGGGGUGGUAAUAUAAUAAUUGUUAAAGAAAGAGAGAAAAGGUAGCCAUGACUGUAUUAUAAGUAAGGGAAUUCCUGUAAAGCUUCAAUGGAUGUUUUAAUGAAAAUGACUAGCUCUAGAGGUAUGGUUAAGGAAGAAAAGAGCGUUGAAUCUUUCAGCCAUGAUGAGGGUUGCAGUCAAGAACCUCCAAAGGCUGAACUUGGAGGACAAAUCAAGGAAGACAAUGGUCUGAGAUUAUCUUCAUCCAAAGAUGAGGACUUAGCAAACAGCAAAGAGGAGGAUGAGAUUGAAUCAGCAAAAGCUGAAAUGGGAGAGGUGAGAGAAGAGAAUGAGAGAUUGAGGACGAUGUUGGAACGAGUGGCGAAGGAUUACAAGUCUCUCCAGUUGCGUUUCUUUGACAUACUGCAACAACAAGAGCCUUCCAGGAAACCAGUGACUGAACAUAAUCCAUCUCCUUCGAAUGAUGAAACAAUCAUGGAGCCUGAACUUGUUUCGCUUUGUCUUGGAAGAAGCAGUAGCGGUGCUGCAAGUGAGACUAAAAAAGAAGAGAAAACAAGCAAAAGUACAAGGGAAGAAGAAGAGUUGAAGGCCAGUUUGAGUCUCGCAUUGGACUCUAAAUUUCAACCUUCUCUAGAGCUUUUGACGUCGACGUCCCAUAUCAGUCCUGAGAAUAGUUCUGAAGAGCCGAAGGAUCAUGAUGAAAAGGAAGCAACGGCUGGAGAAACAUGGCCUCCCAGUAAGAUGUUGAAGACGAUGAGAAAUGGAGAUGAUGAAGCUUCACAACAAAACCCUGUGAAGAGAGCUAGGGUUUCUGUGAGAGCCAGAUGUGACACCCCCACGAUGAAUGAUGGGUGCCAAUGGAGGAAAUAUGGACAGAAAAUUGCAAAAGGAAAUCCAUGUCCACGAGCUUAUUAUCGUUGCACUGUUGCCCCCGGAUGUCCUGUAAGAAAGCAGGUGCAAAGAUUUGUUGACGAUAUGUCUAUUUUGAUCACAACCUAUGAGGGAACUCACAACCACCCACUACCAGUUUCAGCCACAGCCAUGGCUUCCACCACCUCAGCCGCUGCUUCUAUGCUAUUAUCAGGCUCAUCGACAUCUCAGCCAGGCCUCACUUCCACAGCCACCACCACUGCUGCCUCAGCACCCAAUGGAUUGAACCUUAGUACUCUCUUCGACACCUCAAGAACAAAUCAAUUCUACACUCCAAACCAUUCCUCACCUUUGUUCCCAACAAUCACUCUAGACCUCACGGCUCCAUCGUCUCAAUUCUCUCAUUUUAAUAAUAGGUUCUCUUCAACCCCAAGAUUUCCCUCAACAAGUCUCAACUUUUCUUCCUCAUCAGAAUCCAGUAUGUUGCCAACACUUUGGGGAAAUGGAUACCAUGCUUAUAAUGGCAAUACUUUGCCUUAUAACAAUCAAACUCAAAGUGGGAACAUUUUAAAUCUAGGAAAACCAUCCCAAGAACAGUUUAAUUUUCAAUCUUUCACGGACAAUAAAAACCAGCAAGUUGCAGCUGCAUCUCAACAGGCCUUAGCAGAGACCUUAACCAAGGCUAUUGCAUCAAACCCGAGUUUUCGAUCAGUGAUAGCUGCUGCAUUGUCAACAAUGGUUGGAGGCAAUAGUAAUAAUGGUGAUCAACACAGUGGAGGAGGGGAGAAUAUUGUUGGUCAGAAUUUGAUAAAUCAAAAUGGAAAGGGUUGUGCAUCAAGCUACUUCAAUGGGUUGUCAUCUUCAAAUAACUCUGAAACACCAAAUUUGCUCCAAUCUUCAUUGCAAUUUCCAAUCUUUAAGAGUAGCAGUACCCCUAACCCAAUUCACAAUAACAAAGAUCAGAGCAGUUGAUGUUGUUAAAUUAAACUGUAAAUCUUCAUACCAUGUGAAAUAAUGAUGAAGAUCAAAG